AUGGAAAAUCCAGAGUGGGACUUUCUCCAGUUUGUCUCUGAGCCCUUUGAGGUGCCAGACUCCUCCGCUCCUGAAAGGCCCGUAGCGGAAAAAACGACGUUCUCCGCGCCUCCUUCUCAGGUCCCCACUCCACCCCUUUCCAACAAAGGCUCCCCGGGCGAAUCAACAUCUGAGCUCAAUGCUGUUGUCUCAGUCUCUACAACAUUCUUCCCGGGUGCUAAUCUCAAUAAUCUCCCUCCGGACGUCAUCUUUCUCUCCUCCGACGCCGUCUUUUUCUACGUCCACUGCCACCACCUGCUCGCCGCGUCCGACAAUGGCUUCUGCUCCCUCCUUCCACCAAAGUCCUCCAAGACGGCUGCCCUCGCCCCAAAGGGCAUCAACUUAUCUGACGACAUUGGCCCCAUAAUCCCCCUACCAGAGCCCUCCCCUGUACUCAAUGUAAUCCUCCACACUAUUUACAGUGUUUCCUGCGCACACUACUCCCCAGCGAUUGAAACUCUUGUCAUCGCACUCGACUCAUUGCGGCGGUAUGGCGUCUCACUCUCGCAGUAUUGCGCACCUUCAACACCACUAUAUGCGCUGAUUCUCGCGCAUGCGCCCAUCGCGCCCCUCGAAAUAUACUCCGCCGCGGCGCGUCACGAUCUCUAUGAGCUCGCAGUACCGGUUUCCGCGCAUCUACUCAGCUACCCGCUGCCAGCGCUCUCAGACGACUUUUCGCACCGGAUGGGCGCCGUCUACUUGAAGCGCCUCUUCUUCCUUCACCUCGGCCGUAUAGAUGCGCUUAAACGCCUUUUGCUGCCCCCACCACACCCUCAUGCUCCCACGCCCGAUUGCGAUUUUACGGAGCAGAAAAAGCUCACGCGUGCAUGGGCCCUCGCGUCCGCAUACUUAGCAUGGGACGCACGACCAGAUCUCUCCACGAGUGCGAUGGAAAACGCGCUCUGCCCGCUGGCCGAACAUCUUAAUUGUGACGUUUGCAAACAGACGCUGGCUGAACGAAUCAAACAACUCAUUGUGCAAUGGUCCGUCGUCAAGCGGACCAUAUAA